GCCGAUUGAAAAUGGGCCCGCGCAAUUUUGAUUAGAAAAUUGUCAUUAUGGGUGUGGGGUGGGAAAGAAUGGGUAAAUUGGGAAUGGGAGAGAGUGGGGAAAUUACCAAGGGGGAAAAUGGGUAGGGGGAAAGGGGCCAAUUGGGGCCAACCCCAAGGUGAUCGUGAUUUGAAAUUGCCAUUGUGGUGGGCUGGGGAAGAAUGGGCCCAUUUAGAGAUGGAAGGGGAAAUUGCGAUGGGGGAAAAUGGUUGGGGGAAAGGGGGAAGAAUGGGUAAAUUAGAAAUGGGGGCAUUUAAAAUUGAGGACAGUGUGCAAAGAGAACUGAGUGUGAAUUGAAAGUCUUGGGAGAAUCCAUACAGGAAGAGUGUUUGAAAAA